UGUAGUUUAAUAACCAAGGAUUAUUGUAUGCAAUGUUAAAAUAAGAAUAAUUCACAUAAUUUUGCAUGAAAUUACUGCUAUCUGCAAACCAAGAGCUCAAAAGUUAUUUGUGAACAUGAUACUGUCAAGUACGCUACUUUUCUUGGUAUUGAAUGCGUGUAUUUUAUCGGCGCGGGCCUCAAUUGGCUCAGACGUCAAAUACUUCACCAACGAAUGGUUGGCGCACGUACCUUUGGGUGAAAUGGUAGCUAGAAAAGUGGCGCAAGAUGUCGACAUGAGAUACGACGGACUGGAUAUUGGUAAUGAUGGUUUUCAUCGUAUGACUAAAACCGAACUUCCGCUUAAAUCAUUCAAUAAUAAUGAGGAUAUAACGAAUAAAUUAAAUAACCAUGAAUUCGUAACAAUAGCAAGUCAAGAAGCUGUGAAAGCAAGAUCUUACCGCAGUAUAGUUCAACCUAGACAUGUAGUUCCACGGUUUGCUGUACCAAGAAGUAAAAGCUUAGUUUAUGAUAGAAAACCGACUUUUAGGGACGUUAAGAUAGAAAGUAACUAUCAAAAUGCGUUUAAUGAUGAAUUCUGGACUGAUAUGUGGUACUUUCAAGAUUUUCGAACUAGCGAAAAGGAUCCGGUACUUGAUAUGAAUAUAGUUCCAGUGUUUUAUGAACUUGGAAUUACAGGAAAUGGUGUAAAUAUUACAGUACCAGAUGAUGGAUUAGAAUGGACACAUCCAGAAAUAUUACCAAAAUUUAAUCCUGACUUAAGUUGGAAUUAUAUUUCUAACGAUAACAACAUUAUGCCCAAUAGAGAUGGAAAUGGAGGAUAUAGCUCUCAUGGAACUAGAUGUGCCGGAGAAAUAAUUAUGCAGCCAAAUAAUAAUAUAUGUGGUAUUGGAACAGCUUAUGGAGCUAGUCUUGGAGGUAUUAAGUUCUUAGAUGAUGGAUCGACAGACACUAGAGAAGCUAAAGUAUUAAAACAUGCUCUUAAGUAUGUAUGCAUUUAUAGUAAUUCAUGGGGUCCUGCGGAUACUGGGACAUUUAUGGAACACUUAACAGAUUUUGUCAAAAGGUCGCUUUCAAAAGGCAUACAUCAAGGCCGGGAUGGAAAAGGAGCUAUUUAUGUGUUUGCUGCUGGUAAUGGAAAGACAGAAGGUGACAAUUGUGCUUGUGAUGGUUAUGUAAAUUCUAUAUACACAAUAGUUAUUGCUAGUUGCGACGAUAGUGGUCACGUUGCACAUUAUUCCGAAAGAUGUGCUUCAAUCAUGGCUACAGCAUAUAGUGGUUCUGGUCAAGAAAAGAACGUAUUAACUACCGAUGUAAAAGGAAAAUGUACUGCUAGUCAUACAGGAACGUCUGCAGCUGCACCACUGGUGUCUGGUAUUAUAGCGUUAGCUCUAUCAGCUAAUCCGAACUUGACAUGGAGGGAUGUACAGCAUCUAUUAGCUUGGACAUCUCAAGUGGCACCAUUGAGUGAUAACUAUGGAUGGAAUAGAAAUAAAGCUGGAUUUUUUUAUUCCGUUGACUUUGGAUUCGGACUAGUGAAUGCUUAUAAGUUAAUCCAAGAAGCUAUGAAAUGGGAAAAUGUGCCUGAAAUGUUGUCAUGUGGUAUACGUAUACCUAAGGUUAAAGGUUUUUCCGUAACAAGAAAUCGUGCCGCCCGUAUUACUGUGUAUUCGAAUGGUUGCGAAGGAUUGUCUGGAGAAAUAAAAUACAUAGAAUAUGUACAAUUAGUAUUAACAAUGUCUUAUACAAAAAGAGGAGAUAUUCAAAUAGCAAUGAAAUCGCCUUUAGGAACGGAAUGUCAUGUAUUGGAAAAUCGACCAAAAGACUUUAAUACUCAAGGAUUACAAAGAUGGACUUUUUCAAUACUUGCGUUCUGGGGAGAAUCUCCAAAAGGAAAUUUUGUCAUUGAUAUUUAUGAUACAACCGGCGAGCCAUAUAACAAAGGUAUAAUUACUGAAAUGACUUUAUCUUUACACGGAACCAAAGAUCAACCAAAGAUUUAUCAAAAUGGUCCUCGACCAUAUGAUGCUUUUAAAUUAGCGAAACCAAAAGAUAAACCUAGAUUUGCCAAUCUAAGUCGCAGUGGUGUAAAAAGCCUCGAAAAACCUAAGAUCCAGAAAAGACCUAAUGUUACGAAUAGACAAGAAUAUCAAAUCGACAAUGAAGCAACAAAUCAAGUUCUGAAUGAUGAAAUGCUACAACAAAACAUUUUAUUGGCUAUGGAACAAGAAGCUGCUAAUCAAGAAGAUACAAUUAUACAGGAUUAUAUUACGUCAAAUAUGAUGAACACAGCUAACGGUUUAUAAAGAAAAUUGUAUGCGGAUUUAACAAUUUAGAUCUCGGCAUGUUUAUUUAAUUUAUGAUGAAUUUAAUUAUUUUGCGAUAAUUAUUAA